AUGAAGUUCACUUCUUUCCAGCUGCUUGCGGCCACUCUGGCUCCUCUCACCAAUGCCUUCCCAGCUGCGAUGUUCGAGGCCGCCGCAGCCGACCCGGCUGUUCAGGCUCGUGCUGAAGAGAUGGCAAAGCUUCUUGCUAAACGGCAAGCGGGCGCCGGAGCAGCGACAGCAAUCUUCGAGCCAGUGCCGAUAUUCAAUGCUUCGGCCCAGAAGAUAAAUGUCGGCCCAGGCAGUGGAAAUGAGUAUAUGGCUCCUUCUUCUAGUGACCUGAGAGGACCAUGCCCGGGCUUGAAUGCCUUUGCCAACCACGGUUUUCUUCCACGCGAUGGAUAUGCUACGGUACAACAAUUCGUUGAUACCACAAUGAAAGUGGUCGGCAUGGGUCCUCUUCUCUCACUCUUUCUUUCCACCCUCGGAGCCACGAUCGACGGCGAUCUCACGAGCUGGUCGAUUGCAGGAACACCUACAUUGGCCCAAGGUGGUGUAACAGGCGUCCUAGCAAACGGCCUCGUCGGCUCACACAACAAAUACGAGGGCGACGCGUCUCCCACUCGCCCAGAUCUCUACCAGGUUGGCAACAACUACAAGACCGUUACCCAACAGUUCCAGGAGUUGAUCGAUUACUCUCCUGGCGGCGUAGUAACACUUGAAUCCCUGACCUCAUUCCGCUCGCACCGUUUCGACACUCAGAUCGCCAAUAACCCAUAUUUUUUCAACGGACCGUUUUCAGGUGUCCUCGUGCAGCCCGCCGCGUACACGUUCAUCUUCCGAUUUAUGGCUAACCACAGCGCGGAGAACCCAACCGGCCUGCUGAGCCACGAGGUCAUCCAGUCAUGGUUUGGCGUGCAGGGGCAAAGCGGCAGUUACAACGCCGUGCAAGGAACAGAGCGCAUCCCCCUGAAUUGGUACAAGCGAGCUGUUGAAUACCCAUACGACGUUGGGUACUUCCUUGCUGAUGUCAUCAACGCCGCGGCUCUCCAUCCUAAGUUUCUCGACAUCGGCGGAAACACUGGCACCACCAACUCCUUCACCGGCGUCGACGCCACCAACCUGACUGGCGGCAUUUUCAACGGCGCAACACUCCUCCAAGGCAACAACCUUGGUUGCUUCUUGUACCAGCUCUCCGCCCAAGCCAAGCCGGACAUUCUACUCAAUGUUCUCGAUCAGCUGACGAGUGCUAUUGGUAACAUAAUUGGGUCGCUGGGUUGCCCACAGUUGAUGGCUAUCGACAAGAGCCAGCUGGAGCAGUUCCCAGGUUACACUAAGGGGCGCGUUUACGGUUAG